AUGGGUAAGGAACAUGUCAUUGAAGAUUCAUACAUGACUGACGAACUGGAUAGUGUAGGUGAUGAUGAAAGUUGUGAUGAAAGGCCAUGUGUAAUCAUGUUCAAUGUAGAAGAUUCUCUAAGUAAGGAUUUUGUUUUCAAUGUUGGAAUUGAGUUUUCUUCAUUAAAUCAGUUCAAAUAUGCUAUAUUAGAGCAUAAUAUUUUGAAUGGCGAUGAUGUUAGGUUUGAGAAAAAUGAUGUUAACAGAUGUAGGGUGGUAUGUAAGGACAAGACAAAAUGUAAAUAUAUAGUCUUGUGCAAUAGAGUUUUAUCCUCCGCCAUAUUUAGGAUAAAAACAUGGUUUGCAAAGCACAAAUGUGGAAGAAAAUUCUUCAACAAAAGUGCUAAAGCAGCGUGGGUUGCCAAGGUCAUUGUUGAUGGAGUAAAGAAUAACUCAAAGAUGAAGUUAAGUGAGGUGGUAGCAGAUGUUUGA